UGAGCCAAAACCCGAAAAUAGGGCAGAGACGGAGGCAUCAGACGAGAGAGGGCAUCUGGGCAUGUAUCAAUGAUGGAAGAAAGCCAAGAAGGCAAAGAAGUGACCAAAGCAGAAACAGAACAACCAGAAGAACUAAAAUUGCAGCAGCGAGUGUGGAGUUGGGGAGCAGGAACUGACGGCCAGCUGGGCACAGGCAAGCUUGAGGACGAGCAUCUCCCUCAAGUCCUUCACCUUACUCCUCUCUCCUCCGCUGCACCCAUCUCCACGCUUGCCUGCGGCGGCGCUCACGUUAUUGUUUUGAGCUCUGCUGGGAAAGUACUGACAUGGGGCAGAGGAACAUCUGGUCAGCUAGGCCAUGGAGAAAUGCUCAGUAGCUUACAUCCAAAGCCCGUUAAUUUCUUGGAUGGUUAUGUUAUAACAAAUGUCUCUGCUGGAUGGAGCCACUCUGGGUUUGUUUCAGACACAGGCUCACUUUUGACUUGUGGGGAUGGCUCAUUUGGUCAGCUUGGGCAUGGCGAUUACAAGUCACAUAGUAUUCCUGUUAAAGUCUCAUAUUUUGUUAAUAGGCACGUUGAGCGGAUAGCAUGUGGCAUGCGACAUUCACUUGUCUUGUUGAAAGAUUGUUCGAGAAAACAAAUUUAUGGUUUCGGUUCUGGAAAGCGUGGUCAAUUGGGUAUCUCCAAAGAUAAGGUUAAAUCAAUUAGUGUUCCCCAAGUUAUCUGUGGGGUAGAAGGCAUUGAAAUAAUUAGCAUUUGUGCGAAUGGAGAUCACAGUGCUGCAUUAUCUGCUGAUGGCGAUCUGUAUGUUUGGGGAAGAGGGUUUACUGGCACUUCUGAUGUUCUUACCCCUCAGCAUUUGGUUUCACCUUUGAAGUUUAGUAGAGUUGCUCUCGGAUGGAAUCAUGCAUUAGUAUUGACUGAUGGUGGUGAAGUUUUUAUCCUUGGUGGUGAUCGCCAUGGAGUGCUUAGUGAUCUUGAGAAAAUAAACCUGCAGAAGCAUUUAGAUUCAACUCAUGCUGUUUUGAAUAGUGUCUCUGGUCUCGAUGGGACAAAAGUUGUGGAGAUUGCAGCUGGAGCAGAGCAUUCUGCUUUAUUGACAGUGGAUGGAGCAAUAAAGACAUGGGGAUGGGGUGAACAUGGUCAACUUGGUUUGGGGAACACAAGUGACCAAAUCAACCCUCAAACAGUGAGUCUAGGCCACCAAGCUCAGAACCAAGAAGACGCGUUGAAAGUUUACUGUGGCAGUGGAUUUACAUUUGUUUUAAGGUCACUUUUCGUUGUCUAACCUGUCUGAAUUUAAAGAUAGUGAAAAAUGGAUUUGCCAGUACAGCAUGUAACACUAACCAAACUUUUGAGGACGAUUCGCCAACCAUUGACAAGUUUAGUCCAUUGACAAGUUUAUUAUUAUCGUCAUUUAGAUCA